AAUAGAUCAACAAAGAAGUUAAAAAUGUCAUUAAAAGUCUGCCUAUUUCUUCUGCUGGUGAUAUCAGUAACAUCUUACAACAUUGAAGAUAACCAACAAAGUGAAGUAAAAACUCGAACGAAACGCGGGGCAUUUUGGGACUUUUUCCAGAAAAUUGCAAUUACCACAAAUCUUGCUGUCGAUCAAUAUACUGACACGAAAAAUACGUUAACCGAUAUCUAUGAUUUAAUAUCGGAUACCUUUUCGGACUCGAAGCCUAAACAAACCCGAACGACUACCACAACUACUCCAAGUCCGGAUGACGAUGGUAAUUCUACGACAACAGAAAAAUAUCGAAUAUCUCGCUACGAAUUGGGCCGAAUUGCUGGUCGAAAUUUCCGUGGCCUAAAUCGUCUUCUGAAAAUUGAAAUUAACGACGCACUUAAUCAAAGCCAUUCCAAUAUUGCAGAAUAUCAGCGGGAGUUGAAAUUGCAAUUUGAAAACAGUGUCAUUGUUGCAAAGAAAUCAGCUUUAAAAGGAAUCCCUUUACCAAGUAGAACGAAUAUGACUUCAACUGCAACAAAAACUACAACAAAAACGUAGCAAGGAUGUGUAGAGCAACAAGGAAAUAAAAUCUUCUUUACUUUCAAGUCAAGUCAUAUAAUAAAUGUAUCUAGAUGCCAAAAGCGGAAGCAAGAAAAUCACUGCCAAUAGUUUGCCUGUGAUAUGUGUGAUUUAAAAAAAAAAAAAGAUCUAUUAAAUGCUCUUGUAUAAAAUGGGACUCAAGUGGGAUGGUAGUGGGGUUUAUAUUUUUGCUUUUCUUGAAAUGCAAGAAAGUCCUUUAUUGUGGGAAAAUUUAAGAUACAAUAAGAGUACAUAGAUUUUUAAAGAAUUUCAAGUAUCUA